UAAGCAUUGAUACAGAAUCACACAUCUGUUCCUAACAAAACGUUGCGAGUUGUCGUAGGUAAAAGGGUUAAAGUAAAGUUGGUCGUGAAGACAGUCACUAAUUCCAUUCACAAUUUUGUUUCCCGAUCACACUAACACAUCAAACCCAUACAAAACCAGAAUUUCUGUUCAUACUUCUGAAGCAAAGCCCAAUUGAAUUAAUUAUUGAACGACUGCGUUUUUGUUUUGAUUGAAGAGCAAGAAGGUAGAAGAAGAUGAAGCACUGCUUCACCGCCUUCUUCUUCUUCUUCUUUCUUUUUUGAAUUAAUGGCUUCCAAUCCUCGUUGCUGCGUUUUUGUUGGAAAUAUACCAUAUGAUGCUACUGAGGAGCAGCUCGUUGAUAUUUGUAGAGAAGUUGGGCCUGUUGUCUCCUUCAGGUUAGUCAUUGAUAGAGAGACAGGGAAACCAAGAGGUUAUGGAUUCUGCGAAUAUAAGGACGAAGAGACGGCGCUAAGUGCUCGUCGAAAUCUCCAUGGUUAUGAGAUUAAUGGUAGGCAGUUGCGAGUUGAUUUUGCUGAGAAUGACAAAAAUGCCGACAAAAACCGUGAACAGGGUCGUGGGGGACCUGGACUUGCAGACCCUCAGAAACAAGCUGGGGGUCCAGCAAUUGUUGGGGAAUCUUCUCAUCAUCAACCAAUUGGUCUACAUAUAGCUUUAACUGCUGCAACUGUCAUGGCAGGAGCUUUAGGUGGUGUUCAGACUGGCAUGCAAUCAAAUUUAAAUGGUUUACAGAAUCAAUCAGCAUUAGUUAGUGACCCACUAACUCUUCAUUUGGCCAAAAUGUCUAGGAGUCAAUUGAAUGAUAUCAUGUCCGAGCUGAAGGUCAUGGCCACACAAAACAGGGAACAAGCUCGCCAGCUAUUGCUUGCAAGGCCACAUUUGCCAAAAGCUCUUUUUCAGGCACAGAUAAUGCUAGGAAUGGUGACCCCACAAGUGUUACAGAUGCCAAAUAUUCGGCAACCUCCAGGUCAACCUGCAGGCCGUCCCUUACAAGAAACUCAUCAGGGUCAGCAGCCAGCAGUCCAAACUCUUCCUGGGUUACUAUCUAUUGCACAGAGGAUGCCAUCUAGCUUGGUGUCUAAAAUGCAAGAGGGCGAGUUUUCUUCUGCCUCUCAAAAAUCUUUGGUACAAAAUCAAUUUUCCUUACCUCUACAACAAAUUCAGCCUCGAAGCCAGGUUCCACUACACCCUAAUACCAAUAUUCCUCGACCAGUCUUAUUGCCAGGCCAAUCUGGAGUGCCACCUGUUACUCCUGUACUAUCUGUGAGACCACAAAUUCAGGUGGCCAAUUCUUUAUCUUUGAACCAGAAAAUACCACCUUCACUGCUACAACACAUGGGACAACAGGUUGGAACUGCAAAUUUUGGGCGUUCUUCUCAAAUGGCUCUUCCAAAUGUAGCAAUGGAAUCAACUGUUUUACCUCGACCUCUUACAUCAGAUGCUGCAUUCCAGCGUGGACCCUCGAAGUCAUCAGGCAUUUCAGAGGCUGCUAAUGUUGGUGAUAGAUCUAUUAAACAUCCUGAUAACGCGGUUCAGAUCCACAGAAGUAACGCAUAUGUGGACACGCAAACAAACAUAUUUAAUGGUUCUAAAGAACCAACAAGUCGCCCUACAAAGCUACUGAAAUUAGAUGAAGGAAGGAGCAUGUCUUUUCAACCAAGUGCCUUAAAUGUGUCUAAAUCUGGGCCUGCCCAAGCGUUUACAGUUAGUUCGGUACCUGCAAACGCACCUAAGCAAGAAGAGUUGCAAAAUUCUGAAAAACAGGGUUCUCGGCUUCCACCUGACGUGGAAUCUGUGUUAUUAGAGCAAGUGAUGAACCUCACACCGGAGCAGUUGAAUUCUUUGCCGCUAGAACAACGGCUACAAGUUAUUCAGCUCCAACAGGCACUUCGGCGAGAUCAGACACAGCCGUCAUAACAGGCAAGUCGGUCUCCAAUACAUUUGUUGUCUGUGAUUGCAGGAUCCUCCCCAGUUGGAGGGAAAGUUCCCGCAAUUGAUUCAUCUAAAUGGAAAAUGCAUGUAAAUUGACUGUUCCGACAAGGUUCAGUUUGGGAUGUGAAAUGCACAAGCAUUUUACCAUCGAGUGUAACAUUACUUAGCUUUUUGUUAGCAUAUGUGAAAGAUUAAUUAAAUUAGAAAGAAAGAAAAGAAAUUUUGCAUUCUGUUCCCGUUGUCUCGUCUUGGAAUUUCGAUACUUUCAAUAUCUUUUUGUCCUUGUUGGAGUUUGAAUGUUGUUCCGUCUUUCUUCUUUAUUAAGGCUGGUUUAGCCAACUUUUGGCCUUGAUUUGUACCA